ACAUUACCUCUCGAAAUCCAAUCCCUCCAAAAUUGGUUGGUUUUGGUUCCAAGUUCCAACACCACCCAGCACCCACCCACCCUUCAUUCCCCUCAAAAAAUGGCUUCCUUAGCAACCACCACCACACUCUCACUUUCUCUCUCCUCUUCCAUCAACAACCUCAGUCGCACUCCAAUCUCUCUCCCACUCUCAACACCCACCACGUCCACAUUCACUCUCCCACCCUCUAAACGCAGACUCUCACCUCCACCACCCUCCGCCCUCCCACCACUCAUCUCCACCUUAACUGACACCAACACCGACGCCACCUCCCUCGCCGUCAUAUGCGGCGGAUCUGUAGCAGCAUUGGCGGCAGUUCUUUCGCUUUCGGACCCCGAAAAGCGAAGGCAGCAGCAGGCAGAGGUGGUUGGUGGUGGUGAUAAAGAGGUGGUCAGAGAGUACUUUAAUGGGACAGGGUUUCAGCGGUGGAAGAAGAUUUAUGGUGAGACUGAUGAUGUGAAUAAGGUGCAGUUGGAUAUUCGUGUUGGACAUGCUAAAACGGUUGAAAAUGUCAUGAAAAUGUUAACUGAAGAGGGCCCACUUAAGGGUGUUACGGUUUGUGAUGCUGGCUGUGGGACCGGCUUGUUGAGUAUUCCUUUAGCUAAGGAGGGUGCUCUUGUUUCUGCUAGUGAUAUUUCCGCUGCUAUGGUUGCUGAAGCUCAAAAUAAGGCAAGAGAAGAGCUUCAAAGUAACAAUACAGAUCUUGUGAUGCCAAAGUUUGAAGUGAGUGAUUUGGAGAGCUUGAACGGGAAGUAUGAUACAGUUGUCUGUCUUGAUGUUCUCAUACAUUACCCACAAAAUAAAGCGGAUGCAAUGAUUAGCCACCUUGCCUCAUUGGCCGAAAAUCGGCUGAUAUUGAGUUUUGCACCCAAGACAUUUUAUUACAGCCUGCUAAAGAGAAUAGGAGAGUUGUUUCCAGGACCUUCAAAGGCCACAAGGGCAUAUUUACACGCAGAAGCUGAUGUAGAAGCAGCAUUGCAGAAGGUUGGAUGGAAAAUACAAAAGAGAGGACUAAUCACAACGCAGUUUUACUUUGCCAAACUUAUAGAGGCAGUACCUGUGUAAAACACCUCAAGAGGGUAAAACUGGGAACAGGGAGCUUCAUUAGGCAGGAUGAUCAAGUUCAACCAAAGCAACGAUGCCUUUGGGGAAAGGGUUUAUAAUAAGUACAUGCUCCUCCUGUCCUCCAUUGAAGGGGGCUAACCUGGCUGCCAAAUGAGACAUGGUACUCCGAGCUUGCCUAACAUGGUUUAAUGAAAGAUACUGAAAAGUUGAACUAACAUGAUCAAUAUCCUCAAGCAUCAGGUACAUCAGAAUUCUACCGAAGUUCCUUGCUUGUAAAGCCUUGACAACAUUCACCGCAUCUCAAGUUCCACAUGAAAGUACCCAAGCCUAUGUGCCAGAAAAGUUCUGAGAUAUUUACCUCCCCCAUUUGAGCCUUCCCAUUCACCGAAUACCUUGGAACAACAACAGCCAAAAGAUCACCACUGCUUGACUCAUUUGAACCGAGUCUAACACUUGGAUACACAACCAUGUUGACACGAGUCCUGAGCCAGAGUAACAAUAUACCGAAUAGACAGUGACUUAGGAGAAGCAAAUAACCAAAAAAGAAGGAAAAUAAAUUAUUUUUGUGAACUUGUGAUGUGAAUCACAAAUUGGUCAUGUAUGCUAAAAGUCUUCUGGAUCUGGAUAUGUUGAAGGCAGUAUGGUCAUCUUUUUCACAUAUGGUAAAAUUCUCAAAGAAUCAAGUCAUAGCUUAUCUGCGAUUUUACUUAGGACAUCGGUAAGCUUGCCAAGAGCAGUCAUCAAUACAUCGCUGUUCUCCUUCCUCUGUUCUCUAUCGAGUUGGCAGUUUUUGUCAUGAUUGUCAAGUUGUGAAUUCAGCAAUUUGUUGUUUAUCUCUAAGGCCCUUAUAAUCUGUUCUUCCA